AAGAUGUCCACAAACAUGGACUAUUUGAUCAGAUCUUCUUCUGUUUUCUUCCUCCUUUCUUUUGUGACUUAUACUUAUUCUACCUCUUUUGAAGUCCGAAACAACUGUCCAUACACCAUCUGGGCGGCGUCGACCCCGAUAGGCGGUGGUCGACGCCUCGAUUCAGGACAGACCUGGGUCAUCGAUGCACCGAGGGGCACUAAGAUGGCACGUAUAUGGGGUCGUACUAAUUGCAACUUUGAUGGUGCUGGUAGAGGUUCUUGCCAGACCGGUGAUUGUGGUGGAGUCUUGCAGUGUACCGGGUGGGGCAAAUCGCCAAACACCCUAGCCGAAUAUGCCUUGAACCAAUUUAGCAACCUAGAUUUCUGGGACAUUUCUUUAAUCGAAGGAUUCAAUAUACCAAUGACUUUCGCCCCGACCAAUCCUAGUGGAGGAAAAUGCCACGCAGUUCAAUGCACAGCCAAUAUAAAUGGUGAAUGCCCUAAUCAACUUAAAGUACCCGGAGGAUGUAACAAUCCCUGUACCAUAGGUCAAUGUGGUCCUAAUGACUUGUCCAGAUUUUUCAAACAAAGAUGCCCUGAUGCAUAUAGCUACCCACAAGAUGAUCCUACUAGCUUAUUUGCUUGCCCUAGUGAUAGUACAAAUUAUAGGGUUGUUUUUUGCUAAUGCCAACAAUAAAGCAUAUUUUGCUACAAAUGGUAUGAAAAAUUACCAAAAUAAUAAGUAUCUUAAAAGGUUUGUUAAACUAGUUUAUGUUAGUGUGAUAAUAAUUUCUUAUGUGUACGUGUGUAAUGUAAUCAAGUUGUUUCUAAUGCUUCAGGCAAUCGGUCUUGUAUGGAUGCUAAUUAUAUAUGAAUAAAUAAAUAUCCUUUUCAACCAAAAAAAA